AUGUCAACGCCCGCAGUCGACAACGAGAUCAAGGGCCGACUGGCUCUGAUCACGGGUGCCUCAGGAGGUUUGGGCGCAGCAUGUGCUCGCGACCUUCACGCCGCCGGCGCACAUUUGGCACUCACAUACUCCGCUUCCAAGGCCAAGGUCGACGAUCUGAUUGCCUCCCUGCCCGCGGACUCGUCCAGGCGCAUCUCCUCGCACAAGGUCGAUAUGGGCGUUGACGAAGACUUUCACCGGCUAUUCGAAGAGAUCAAGAAGGAGCACGGGCAAGACGGGCCGGACAUUUUGGUGUCAAACGCUGGUCAUGGCAAACGUAUCCCGCAGAUCGUCGACAUUCCGAUUGAGGAGUGGGACUAUACGAUCCGCAUAAAUCUAAGAGCGUCGUUCUUGCUUUGCAAGUUAAGCGUGCCACACAUGAAGGCACAGCAUUGGGGCCGCAUCGUCCUGAUGGGCUCGAUUGCCGGCUAUGGUGGUGGGAUCAACGGGUGCCACUACGCAGCAAGCAAGGCAGGCUUGAUGGGUAUGGCGAAGAACCUGGCUUUGAAGCUGGCGCCAGAUGGCAUCAGCGUGAAUGAUGUGGCGCCGGCCAUGAUCGGAGAGACUGGCAUGAUCCCGAAUGCGGACGCCGUGGUAGGCACCCCCGGCGAUGUCAAGAAUAUUCCGGUUGGUCGACUGGGACAGCCGAGCGAGGUGGGUAAUGUGGUGACGAUGCUGUGCAGGACGGGCUACCUGACGGGCCAGAGUAUCGUGAUAUCGGGAGGGCUGAAGUAA